AUGGGAAAGAUGAAGAAGAGUAGGAGUAGCAUUGGAUUAAGUAUUGCAAUCAUGAUUAUGUUAUGCUUCUCACCUGCUGAGUGCAAAUUUUUUGGUUCUCUAACAUGUCCCGCUAAAUGUGGCAUACAUUGUGUUCUCGCCAACCUUGCAUACCCGCUGUGUUUCGCUCUUUGUGUUGCAACGUGCCCUAAGAAGUCCAAAAAUGGACUCCAAUGCAUUAGACGUUGUGGAGUUAACAAAUCCAUCACCAUCAAUGUUGAUGCUCGUGGCGUUGUGACUAGUGUGGUGGAUUCUUGUUUGCAAGCUUGUCCAGAUGAUUAA